CACUCUACUCGCCCCACCCGUUUUGCACGGCGCACACACGCCCCACGCCAUUUCUCCACCCGAAUAAAACUUCAAUCAUCUUUCACAAAUCUCUAAAUUCCUCAACGCAUUGACAAAACUGAUCUAAAAAUCAAUGGGGUUAGGGUUGCUAGCUUCUAGAACUCUCCGAUCUAGGCUUCUAUUCACAAACCCUAGAAAUGUCAGAACCAUCGUCUCAACACCGGACCUCCACAAACCGGAAGCCGCAGCUGAACCGGCGGCGGUUGAGCCGGAUCUCCCGAAGCGGACACCUGUUGCCGGAGCUAGGGUUCAUUUCCCCAAUCCAGAUGACGUCAUCGAGGUUUUUGUGGAUGGAUAUCCGGUUAAGAUCCCCAAGGGGAUGACUGUUUUGCAGGCGUGUACGGUUGCAGGUGUUGAUAUUCCGAGGUUUUGUUAUCAUGAUCGGUUAUCUAUUGCUGGUAACUGCCGUAUGUGUCUUGUUGAGGUUGAGAAGUCUCCGAAACCUGUUGCUUCUUGUGCAAUGCCUGCACUUCCAGGGAUGAAAAUAAAGACUGAUACUCCAAUAGCAAAAAAGGCGCGUGAAGGAGUGAUGGAGUUCCUACUGAUGAAUCAUCCACUGGAUUGCCCGAUUUGUGAUCAAGGUGGUGAGUGUGAUCUCCAAGAUCAAUCCAUGGCCUUUGGAUCCGACAGAGGUCGUUUUACCGAAACCAAAAGAUCCGUCGUCGAUAAGAAUCUCGGUCCCCUAGUCAAAACCGUGAUGACCCGGUGCAUCCAGUGCACCCGGUGCGUUCGGUUCGCCAAUGAAAUAGCCGGGGUCCAGGAUCUUGGCAUAUUAGGGCGUGGAAGUGGCGAAGAAAUUGGCACUUACGUUGAAAGACUUAUGACAAGUGAACUUUCCGGAAAUGUCAUCGAUAUCUGUCCCGUGGGUGCACUUACGUCAAAACCAUUUGCUUUUAAAGCAAGAAAUUGGGAGUUGAAAGGAACCGAAACCAUUGAUGUUACGGAUGCUGUUGGUUCCAACAUUCGUAUCGAUAGUAGGGGCCCAGAAGUCAUGCGAAUCGUACCACGCUUAAAUGAGGACAUUAACGAGGAAUGGAUUUCGGACAAAACGCGAUUUUGUUAUGACGGGUUGAAGAGACAGAGAUUAAACGAUCCCAUGAUUCGUGGUAGUGAUGGGCGGUUUAAGCCUGUGAGCUGGCAGGACGCUCUUGCGGUGGUGGCUGAGGUCAUCCACCUAGUCAAACCUGACGAAAUUGUCGGAGUUGCUGGUAAAUUAAGCGAUGCAGAAUCUAUGAUGUUAUUAAAAGAUUUCUUGAACAAAAUGGGAUCAAAUAAUGUAUGGUGUGAAGGAAAUGGUAAGAACACGAAUGCAGAUUUACGGUCGGGUUAUCUUUUAAAUAGCGGUAUCAGUGGACUGGAAAAAGCUGACUGUUUUCUUCUAGUUGGUACUCAGCCACGGGUGGAAGCGGCUAUGGUAAACGCAAGAAUCCGGAAAACGGUUCGAGCCACGCAAGCUAAAGUCGGCUACAUCGGCCCGCCAGCUGAUUUCAACUAUGAUCAUGACCAUCUUGGCACAGGACCAGAAACCCUAGCGGAAAUAGCCGAGGGCCGCCACUCCUUCAGCUCGGCACUUUCAACCGCCAAAAACCCCGCCAUCAUAAUCGGUGCCGGAGUCUUCGAACGUGAAGAUAAAGAUGCCAUCUUUUCAGUCAUCCAAUCAAUUGCCGCUAAGCACCCAAAUCUAAUCCGACCUGACUGGAACGGUGUCAACAUUCUCCUCCUCAAUGCCGCCCAAGCUGCCGCCCUGGACCUCGGUCUUGUUCCGGAAUCCGACAACUGCAUUGAAUCGGCUAAAUUUGUGUAUCUAAUGGGCGCUGAUGAUGUCGAUUUAGAGAAGCUUCCGAAGGAUGCUUUCGUGGUGUAUCAAGGACACCAUGGUGAUAAAGGUGUGUACCGGGCUAACGUGAUUCUUCCGGGAGCUGCAUUUAGCGAAAAGGAAGGGACGUAUGUGAACACUGAAGGGACAGCUCAGCAAACCGUGCCAGCUGUACCGACAGUUGGCGAUGCUAGAGAAGAUUGGAAGAUUAUUAGGGCGCUUUCUGAGGUUUGCGGGGUGGGACUUCCUUACGAUACGAUUACCGGAGUGCGGUCCCGUAUAAGAACCGUUGCGCCGAACCUUUUGCAUGUGGAUGAAAGAGAAGCGGCUACGUUUUCUGGGUCGGUUAAACCUGAGGGGUCGAGCAAGGUGAGUGCGACACCGUUUGGUGUUACGGUUGAUAAUUUUUAUAUGACCGAUGCGAUUACGAGGGCGUCCAAGAUAAUGGCUCAGUGUAGUGCUUUGUUGAAGAAGUGAAGUUGGUGGUGGUUGGAAGUUGUACUAAUAAAGUUUGUGAUUUCACUGUUUUGAGUGGUGAAAUACUCUGUUUUGUAAUUGUGGUUUUAAGAUGAAAGAAUAGAGGGGAGAAAAUGGUUGCCCUAAGUAGAGUUGAUGCUCAUAAAUGGCAACUUUUGACAUUAAUUAUUGAUUUGUAAACAUCAUUUGAUACUCAAAACUGUUGCUGCCUUAUUUCUCCUAUUCUAUUACCUUCUCUAUACAUUUCGAAUUUUUUUC